UGCCCAAUUGUCACUGUCAUUCGGGUAACUAAUUAAUUUUUGUAGUACCAAGGUGGUAAUUAGUAAUUGUUAGAAAAUAGCUUACACAUGGUUUUUGUGUUUACAAGUAGCAAAAGGCUAUUUAGCAUUAUAUGUAUAUUGGCAAUUAUAUCAUUCGAUGUUAUCAUUUAAAGUGGAUUUACUUUGUUUCAUUAUCAAACAAAGUAUGAUGGAUCAGGUCUACAGAAAAGAUUUAAGUGAGUGACUAUGUCUGAAACACAAGACUGUUUCCCUCAAUUUUAUUUCAACACAGUGCUGAAAUUUGGGGUUUAAGCUCCGAAAGGCCAGGUACAACCUAGGCCAUGCGAUAAAAAUGGAAGCUGUGGAUAUGGAUGCAGGCAGAUAUGAACUGAAGGAUAGCUUACCGGGUAGCAGUGUUGACAGUGAUGCAUCCAGUAGUCUUUUAUUCAGCAAUGAUGUCAGCGAACAUAGUGAUAAAACAUCUGAUGAUGAAGAGGAUUUACGUGAAGAUCUACAGAAAACUAUACCUGAAUGUUACAAAUCGGACUCAAAUUUCGCAUCACAUAGUACAAAAAACAUCACAAAUGAUGAGGAAUUUCAAGCAACAGCUCUCUGUCAAUUUAUGGAUAUCUUGAAUGACUUAGAUGAAGUUUUAGACAAAUCAUUAUUAGCUUGCCUUGAUGAUACUCAAAAUUUUGACAGCGAUGAAGAAGACAUUAUAUGUAAAUUAAAAGAUUGUAUAGCUGACCAAGAACAACCAAUGGAAGAUACACCAAGCGAAAGUUCUAUGGAUAAUACACAAGUUGUUAUAGGAAGAUCCACACAGAGUGUAGAACCGGCUUUAGAUGAUAUUGAAUUAACACAAAAUCUAUUUGAACAACCGCAAUGUAGAAGUCUCAGAAGGUCUAAAAGUUAUUCAGAAUUACCUCAAAAUCAUAGCAAUACUCGGCAAUUAGAAAGAGCUAAUACAAUGAAUGACAACUUAAGAAAUUCGAUGCGUAGAUUAGAUCCGAUAGUACUGCCGGCUUUGAAUGCUGAAUCUGUUUGUGAACCGUUAACUUUGCCUGUUAUUUUGUUUCUGGAACAUCAUGUUAAUAUGAGGCCUACAAGUGCACCACUACAAUUACAAGUUACUGCUACAAAUCUUAGUACAAAUAGUGGAUCUUCAGGGCCCAUUAUAGUUGGUCGUCGUGCAUUACUUAUGAAUCGUGCAUUAUCUUUACCCUCACCCGGUGAUAGUGAUAUAACAAGUGCAGGCUGGAAUGGACCCAACAGUCGGAGUAUAGCGAGAAGUACAAGCAGUACGUCAAGUUCUUCCGGUGAAUCCUUAGCUGGUAUUGCUGCUAUGAAUCAAAUUGGAGCAGGUACAUCUGAUGAGAGAAACGAAGAGACUGAUGAACCGCCUUUUGGCGUUUGGCCACAUAGCAUGAGCUCAAUGCUGGCGUGCCUUAGUUGUACUGUUGGAAUAUUUAAUAUUUCCAGAUUUUCCGUAUUCAGUGUGCAUUACGGAGCAUGCUUCAUACUACAGUUUUUCAUACUAUCUCUUUUCACUGGAAUACCGCUAUUCACAUUACACUUAUGCCUGGGUCAUGUGCUGCAAUCGGGCCCCAUCGAUAUGUGGCGUAUCUCACCGAUAUUCAAAGGUGUUGGUGUUUCAUUGCUCCUCACGCAAGCGGUGAUCGGAAUGUACAGCGUGAUAAGCCUGUCAUGGAUAUUCGUUUAUUUUCGAGACUCGUUUAUAACAUCCGAUGAUAAAUACAAAUGGGCUUUACCGCUAGGAUUCAGUUUUGAUGAUGUAAAUCUUAAAAAUAGCACGUUUAAGAUCCAAGAGACUAUACCUCAGUACUUCCAUGGCGAGGUGUUGCAGCGGGGGACGGGGACUGGCAACCAAUUCGGCACUGUCAAGUAUCAAGUAGCGUUAUACCUUGCAGUUGUUUGGAUGAUUGUAUUUGUCGCGCUCAGCAAAGGUCUACGGUCAUAUGGAAAGGCGAUUUACGUACUGAUGUUUCUACCGAUGUGCGGCACGUUGGUAUUGUGCACGAAGCUGCUGACCCUGAUCCCAUACGACACCGUGAUAAAUAUCUUCUCCGAAACUGAAUGGAGUGAAUUCUUCCUCAAUAGUAAUAGUUGGGCGGCGGCGGCGCAAGAGACGUUUCUGACAUGGGGCGUGCUGGGGGCGUGCGUGAUGCAGCUGACGUCACAGGGCGCGGGGCGUGGCGCGGGGCGGGGCGCGGGGCGGCCGCUGCGCCAGAGCGGGUACGUGGUACUCUGCACCUUCGCCGUGCUGCUGCUGGCCGCCUGCCUCGCUAACACAUGUGUACGGAUAAUCAAUAACAAUGGAUACCUCUUCGUACCGAGCAGCUUCGAGACAGUGAAAUCGUCGGAAUUCCUGUGGCCGCGUUCCGUGGCGCAGCCGGGGGGCGGGGCGGUGCCGGCGCGCUACGCGGGGCAGUACGGCAGCCUGGUGGGCGUGUCGGUGUGGCGCGCCGGGCCCGCCGCGCGCCCGCUCAGCGGCUGGCAGCCCCUGCAGCUCGCCACGCAGAUAGUGCCCGCAGCGCUCGCCCUCGUGCCCACAAAUGUCUUGUCUCCGGCGUGGGCGGUGAUUUUCUUCUUCACGCUGCUGAUGUUCGGGGUGGCGCAGCAGCUCGCCAUCUGGCACUGCGUCAUCGCCGGCCUCAUGGCCACCAACAAGCACACGCUGCGUCGCUGGGAGACUACCAUCACAUUCUUCAGCUGCGUCUUUGGAUUCGCUAUGGGAUUGCUGCUUACAACUGACGCGGGGAUCCGCGUGGUGCACCUGGUGGACUACGUGUGGGUGGGGGCGUGGUGGCAGUGCGCGGUACAGGUGGCGCUGUCGGCGGGCGUGUUUGCGGUGCGUGGCCGCCCCUACUCCGCGGACGCGGUAGCCGCUGCUCUGCACCGCCCUACAUCGCCGCUCGCCGCGCCCCUCGCCGCCCUGCUCGCCUUCACCUGGAGCGUGCUAUUGCCCGUGCUGCUCUGUGCUAUUUGUAUUAUGGAUUUUCGGAUUGGACAACAACGUCAGUUAUAUUCUUGGAGAAAACCUAUAGGUUAUUUUCCUAUUUGGGCUCGUCAAGUGGCUGUGAUGAUGCAGCAAGGAGCCUUGCUGACUGUGCCUCUGGUCGCCUUCAUACAGACCUGGAGGUACAUGAAUAAAGGACCCCCGGAUAUACUUGAACGCAUACAGAACCUGUACCGUCCUCGUAUGGGCGUGUCGGGCUCCCCCCCGCCCCCGCCCCCGCCGCCCGGCGCGGCCCCGCCCCGCGCGCCGCCCGACCCGCCGCCCAAGUACACGCCGCCGCCCUCCUACUCCACCGCCACCGGCGCGCGCCUCCUGCACACGCUGCGCAGGAGCUUCCGCACGCUGAGGAGAAUAACAUCAGGUCGUUCAGAUGCGCCUACGGACGACAGCGCUCAGAUGCCCAUCACCGUGAGCGAGAGUGUGGACCGCCGCCCCCCCUCGCCGCCCGCGCCCUCCAUCACCCUCACAGACGAGACCGACCGCAGGACCUCCCGCAACUCACUCACACUCACACGUGACUUCCUCAGACGCUCCUUUGUUAGAAAAACUGAUUCCACGAAAUCGAUUCGUUCGAGUUUACGACGUAGUUUCAAAUACGGCGUGAGUUUGACGACCAGUCACGAGCAAUUGGUAGGGGACGCGGAGCCUAUUUCGAACACGGUCGCGAUGUCCGCCAUGUUGGGGGAGGGGUCUCCCCCACACACGCGUAGUCUCGGCUCCGUUAUAUGAAUCGUGUACUUAUUUAGUACUUAUUUUAUGUAUUUCAACAGUUAUGUAUUUAUUUUUGUUUUAUUAGGAAUGUUUGAGGUCUUUAAUUUGAAUCCCUUGGCCGUAAGAAUAUUUUUUUUUAACAUCACAUUUAAUAAUAUCGACUUUUUUGUAGAUAAGUUUACGUUUAUUAUGGAAAAAAAAUGAAAUUUACAAUUAUUUUUUAAUGUACGUUUAAUUUUUUUUAGUUUUAAUCAUACGAAUUAGAUCGAAUCUCACUAACUCAUUUUUAUGGCGUCCAUACUUUUAUUGGCUUUUAUUUUUUAUUUAAAAAAAAUUAGAGAGGUAAGCUG